AUGAAAGAAUAUAAAUUAAAAGAAGCUAAUUUUUAAGUAUAUCUCUGUCGCACUAGCAAAAUUUCAAUUGGUUUAAAGAACCUAUAUAUAAAUGUUUCUAAUUUAGGAUAAUUGAUUAUGAGAAAGCAGAAUAAUUGUUAGAUAAAAACGAAUAAAAUUAAUCAAGAAUUGAUACAACAAAAUUAAUUUCUUUCAUCUUAGGUUAGAUUAAUAGUUAAAGUUAACUAAUAGUUUUAGUUAGAACUAGUUUAUAUUCUACAGAAAUUGAAAUACUUGUUAAAGAAUGUAUUUAGAAAAAUAUUGAUAAUAAUAAGAAAGUAGAUUCAAGAUUCAUAUGAAAGGACAAUGGUAUAGUAAUACAAUAAAUAUUUAUAGAAACUAUUUAUAUUAUUUAAGUUUUUUUUAAUGAAAAUCAAAAAAAAGAUUAUUUUUCUUAGGUUUUUAAAGAAAAUAAUAUGUCAUUUAAAGGUAAUUUCACAUUUACAAUAAUAAAUAUCUCCAUAUACUAUUAUUCAUAUGUAUAAUGAAGAUAAGAGGUAUUUUGUAAAUUCAAUGAAGCCUAAAUUAUGA